GCAUACUGAAACUAGGACAGUUGCAUACCGAGAUCAAGACAGUUGCAUAUCAGAACUGGGGCAGUUGCAUACUGACACUAGGAAGAUUGCAUAAUAGCAUGCGUACCAAGACAGUUCUUUAUCAUACUGGGACAGUUACAUAGCGCGAUACGCAUCUGAGCAUUGGAACAGCUGCAAUAUGAUACUGGGACAGUUGGAGGACACAAGCUCACACUUGUCGCUGAAGACAGAUUUACUUACGGCUUUGUGUUUAUGCAGGCUGGGACCAGGCCGGGUAGCUUGUGUGCAGUGAUUAAUUUCUGAGGGAGAGGGAGAACGAUGGAGGGCAGGAUGAACCUGACAGUAUACAUCGUGGCUUUGGUGCUAAUCUGUCGUUGCGCAGGUGAAGCAUCGAGCGACCUGGCCAAGCUCCACUCUGAUUUCUUCACGUGGAGGAUGUCUGACCGGCCAAUGGUGGCAACCUACCGAGAUGUCCACAAGUACGAUGACCAGCUGGAGGCAUUUACCCUGGACAUGUUCGAUGUCAGGAAGAGCAGGGCCGAUGAACUAUACGCCAGAUUGAAGAACAUUACAGCAGCCGAUCUGAAGAAGUCCGACAUGACCAACUACCGCAUCCUGGACGACAUGCUCUCCACCUACAUUGCCGGCUACCCGUGGAGAAUGUACCAGUACCUUACACCGGUCAACUUCCUCGAGGGGCCGCAACAAGAUGCUUCCUACAAUGCAGAAAACCUACCGUUUUCAACGCGGGGAGACUUUGAGAACUACAUCGUGCGCCUACAGAAGAUGCCGGAGAAGAUGUCUCAGCAUAUAACCCUGAUGAGAAAGGCCAUCCAGCUCAAUCGCACGAACCACCUUGUCUCUAUGAAUCGUCUUAAAGGACAAUUCGACAAGCUGAAUGUCAGUGACCCGACCCAAUCUGUUCUCUACCUGCCUUUUAACAACACUCUAUCUAAAUCCACUGUACCUGAAGGUGAUAGAGAGGGGCUGAGACAACGUGGGAGUGCAGCGGUCGAGCUCGCCGUACAAGCAUACAUGAACUUGUCACAUUUCAUCCAACAGGAGUAUAUGCCCAACACCCGCCCCGAUAUCGGCAUCAGCUCUCUGGAUGGAGGACGGGAGUUCUAUGAGGCUUGCAUCAGGUGGUAUCUCUCCGUCGACAUGACGGCACAAGAGGUCCACGACAUCGGCCUCCGUGAGGUGGACAGGAUCGUCGGCAACAUGCAGAAGAUUAUGACGAAACUGAGUUUUAGCGGCAGUGUUAGCGAGUACUUCCAAAUGCUUACGACAGACCCGAGUUUCACCUUUAAAUCUGCAAGUGACAUCUUAACGGAGUAUCGCCAUCAGAUUCAUGACAUCAUACAGAAGACGCUUCCAACGAUGUUCGUUAAUAUGCCAGAUCUACCUAUCGUGGUACGACCACUGUCCUACGAUGGCCCUGUAGGGAUGUACUCGACCGGUGCUGCAGACGGCUCAAGGCCAGGAAUAUUCUGGGCCAACGUCUUCAGGCCAAAUAAGACUGUGAACUUCACCACUAUGGUAUUGACACUCCAUGAAGCUAACCCCGGACAUCAUCUACAGCUGAGUUACUCUAUCACUGCCAACACACCCAACUUCCGAAAGAAGAUGGAGUACAACGACCUUUUUCGACCUCCUUUUGCCUUCCCCGAUUACUCAGCCUACUUAGAGGGGUGGGGCCUGUAUGCCGAGUCGCUGGGUGAGGAGCUGGGUGUGUAUCGAGACGACUACGAACUAAUGGGUCGCUACAGUUUCGAGAUUCUACGCGCAUGUCGACUGGUUGUGGACACAGGGAUGCAUGCACUGAACUGGUCCCGCGAUGAGGCCAUCCAGUACCUUCGCAACUACACCGCAGAAUCACUGGACAACAUCAUCAUCGAGAUUGACCGCUACAUCACGUGGCCUGGUCAAGCUCUGGCCUACAAGAUCGGGGAGAUCAAGAUUUGGGAGCUGCGACGGAAGGCGGAGAAGACGCUAGGCGACAAGUUUGACAUCCGUGAGUUUCACUCUGUGGUGCUCGAGAGCGGAACUGUGCCCCUGAACGUGCUGGAGGACCUGGUCACUGAUUGGCUGGACACGUACCCCGUGACUACUCCCAGACCGGUCACCCCAACAUGUGGAGGAACGCAGGUUAUGGUGCGACGCGUGUGGGUCGUUAUGGUAAUACUGGCGGCAGUUACAGUGAGCGGGCUAUAUUAGCGGUCAUCAUGACAUUGUGUACAUUAUUGUAUGACCUGAGUGCUGAGGUAGACCAGAUGGCGCAUCUAACGUGCAAAUAUAAGCGCCGAACACAUAUGUUCCUUUGAGAUAUACUAUUAUACAGAUUACUAAGUUGUACAGCCUGUAGUUUCUGACCUUGUUUAGGAGAAUAAAUAAUUUUGAAGUGA